AUGGUAGACUACGAUGACUACAAGACAGAGUUGCUGUCGGGGUUGAAGCUUGCGCGACAACUUAUCUGUGAAAACGCGGAAAAAUAUCGUGAGCGUAUGAAAGUCCAAGUGCAGUUCGACCAUCUGCUAAAGGUUUCUAGAGAAAUUGAUGAUACUCGAUUAACUGGCCUAACGCAGCGCGGUAGACGCGGAAAGAGAAGGACAGUAGCUGCAAUAUAUGCUAUUUCAGAUACCACCAAUGGAGAGUUAUUUGAUAAUUUUACUUUCAGCACCGUGACAUCAUCAUCAACGAAUGUCCGUCACAUCGACUGGAACUGCCCGGGAGAGAUGUCCGUCAAUGGUCAGCGAGUUGCGUGCUCAGUCAAUGUUCCGAUCAGCAAUCUACUGCCAGCGGCUCCACUAUCAUCAUUUGCAUUUCGAUCACCUUAUGAGUUAGCCAGAGUGCUUGCGGUUAUUAGCCAAACACAUGUUCCUGAGCAUUUCCGUCUAGCACGAAUGCUUGAUUUUUCAUAUGAUAUUGUCACCCCGACCUCACUUGGAAUUGCUAUUUCAUUUUACCGAUCGCACUGUAUUCAUAUGACUCUUGCCACCGUGGAGGACGCAGGCAAAACCACACCAGGAUAUCCCCCGAGGUCGAACGUCGACCCAUACAAUCUACCCAGUGGUCCCCCACGGCGUACGCUCGUUGUACUACCGGAAGGAUUUCAAGAUGUGCUGGACAGUUUCGAGUCGGCGUUGAUGUCAGCAAAGUUCGCCAGAGCCCGAAGACGUGAGACCAGAUUGGUUCACAGAGGAAUGGUCCGCGGUCAUCUUGAUUUCGCCGUCACGCUUCUUCGACGUGACGCGCUGGAGAAGUGCUUGGGCCUGAUGGUACAGGCAGUCGCUAAAGGGGCGGAGCUCGUGGCCGUCCUUGGGCCCAAGGACGACCAGAACGGGGGAAAAACAGUGGACAUCCUCAGGGACUUGAUGGAGGAAACUGUGGCGCAAAGGCCGUCGCUGAGGCAACGGAUUCGUUGUCUACUACCGCUAAAAUCCGAAGAAUUUGUGCAGGACGCACCCUACAGGAUUUUAUCGGACAAGAUGAAUCCUCGCCAGAGGACCUUACUUUACGCAGAGCGCGGCCAAGAGGUUUUGGAAUGCCACGCAGAAGCAGUAUAG